GGUACUGGCAGAAAGCGAGCGAGAGCGAAGCGCGCGGAGUGAGCGAGCGUGAGGGAGAGAGAGAGAGAGGGUGGGCGGGAGCGAGAGGGAAACGCCGAGCCACAUCCAUGAAGGAAAUGACAGCGUGAGGCAGGCGAGGCAAGGCAGCCCUAGCCAGCCAGCCAGCCGCCGCCAAGGGGAAGCCUGCCGGGGCUCGCCGAUGCCAGCCCGGAGUCCGAACGGAUCCCUGAGGUGGCCAAGCCCCGCCAGCCAGACGAGCGGGAAGCAGCCUCGGGCACCGCAUCUCGGGCACAACAAGCGGGCGAGGCGCGCGCGCCGGGCUGCUGCCGCGGAAUGACUGACUGACUGACUGACGCGCGGACUGAGUGCCGGAGGGGCGGCAGGCAGGCAGGCAGGCAGCGGCUCCGUCAGGCAGGAGGAGCAGCCGCCGCGCGACUUUCGGAAUACAGAUCCAUGCCAGGCUGGCCGGGGGUUUCAUGAAGCCGGGCUGUGUGUGGAUUACCUCGCCGUAAUUCCGAGGAGGGAGAGGGCGACGGGGAGCGCCCGGGGAGCGGCGAGGCGAAAGAGUCCUUCUGGAGCCUGGAAUCAUGUGAGAAACACUGCUGUGGCAAGAGAGACACACAGGGAGUUUUGAGGUUCACACUCCCUUUCCUCCUCACUCUCCACCACAGAAUGGAACAGAGAAAGAUCUGGCCUCGGAUAUGGGACUCCGAAGACUCAUCGGUGGCCUUGGUGUUUCUUUGCCUGGUUUUAUUUUCAUGGAAUGCCACUAGCACUCCCGUCUAUAAUACCUUCCACUCUGAGAACCGUGAUUGGACUUUCAACCAUCUGACUGUCCAUCAGGCCACUGGAGCAGUCUAUGUGGGAGCCAUCAAUCGGGUUUACAAGCUGUCUGGAAACUUGACCAUCUUGGUUGCUCACAAGACAGGACCAGAGGAGGACAACAAAUCCUGCUACCCACCACUCAUAGUGCAGCCCUGCACUGAGAUCCUAACACUGACUAACAAUGUGAACAAGCUGCUGAUAAUUGAUCACACAGAAAAUAGGCUGUUGGCCUGUGGGAGCCUCUACCAAGGAGUCUGCAAGCUGCUGCGAUUGGAUGAUCUCUUCAUCCUGGUGGAACCAUCUCACAAGAAGGAGCACUAUCUUUCCAGUGUUAACAAAACUGGCACUAUGUAUGGAGUUAUAGUUCGCUCUGAGGGUGAGGAUGGGAAGCUUUUCAUUGGUACAGCAGUAGAUGGCAAGCAGGAUUACUUCCCCACUCUCUCCAGCCGGAAGCUGCCACGUGACCCAGAGUCAUCAGCUAUGUUGGAUUAUGAACUUCACAGUGACUUUGUUUCAUCACUCAUAAAAAUUCCUUCAGACACACUGGCCUUGGUCUCACACUUUGACAUAUUUUAUAUCUAUGGAUUUUCCAGCGGCAACUUUGUCUAUUUUUUGACUGUCCAGCCAGAGACUCCUGAGGGUGUCUCCAUCAACUCAGCUAGCGAUCUCUUCUACACAUCUCGAAUUGUGCGUCUCUGCAAGGAUGACCCCAAGUUCCACUCCUAUGUUUCUCUGCCAUUUGGUUGUGUCAAAGGUGAUGUGGAAUAUCGCCUCCUACAGGCAGCCUACCUUUCCAAGCCUGGGGAGGUGCUGGCCAGGUCCCUCAAUAUCACUGCCCAGGAUGAUGUCCUUUUUGCCAUUUUCUCCAAGGGACAAAAGCAGUAUCACCAGCCCCCUGAUGACUCAGCUCUUUGCAUCUUUCCCAUCCGUGCUAUCAAUGCCCAAAUUAAGGAGCGCUUACAGUCUUGCUACCAAGGGGAAGGCAACUUGGAACUCAACUGGCUGCUUGGGAAAGAUGUUCAGUGUACCAAGGCGCCAGUCCCAAUAGAUGACAACUUCUGUGGGUUGGACAUUAACCAGCCACUGGGAGGUUCCAUACCAGUAGAAGGGGUGACUCUUUACACAUCCAGCCGCGAUCGGAUGACUUCUGUCACUUCAUAUGUCUACAAUGGCUACAGUGUGGUGUUUGUGGGCACCAAGAGUGGCAAGCUGAAGAAAAUCCGAGCAGAUGGGCCUCCUCAUGGUGGCAUUCAGUAUGAAAUGGUGCCAGUUUUCAAGGACGGGAGUCAUAUCCUUCGUGACAUGGCCUUCUCCACAGAUCAUAAUUACCUCUAUGUCAUGUCAGAAAGACAGGUGUCUCAGGUUCCCGUUGAAUCAUGUGAACAGUACACAACCUGUGGAGAAUGUCUGAGUUCAGGAGACCCUCACUGUGGUUGGUGUGCUCUGCACCAUACGUGUUCCCGGAGGGACAAGUGUGAGAGGGCAGAUGAACCAUAUCGAUUUGCAGCCAGCAUCAAGCAAUGCAUGAGCAUCAUUGUGCAACCUAGCAGCAUCCCGGUUUCUGAGCACAGCCUUCCGCUCAGCUUGCUGGUGAGAGACGCACCUGACCUGUCGACUGGUAUCACUUGCGUAUUUGGAAACCUCACUGAAGUUGAAGGCCAAGUUUUGGGCAACCAAAUUGUAUGCAUUUCACCAGCAUCAAAAGAUGUUCCUGCCAUACCUGUGGACCAAGAUUGGUUUGGGAUAGAGCUGCUUCUGAAAUCGAGAGAGACAGGAAAGAUGUUUGUCAGCACAGAGUUCAAGUUCUACAACUGCAGUGCCCACCAGCUGUGCCUGUCUUGUGUGAACAGUGCUUUUCGUUGCCACUGGUGUAAAUAUCGAAACCUCUGCACUCAUGAUCCCACAACGUGUUCGUUUCAAGAGGGGAGGAUCAAUGUCUCUGAGGAUUGCCCACAGCUGUUCCGUACAGAAGAGAUUUUGAUCCCUGUUGGUGAAGUGAAGCCCAUCACCCUGAAGGCUAGAAAUUUACCUCAGCCUCAGUCUGGCCAGCGUGGCUAUGAGUGUGUCCUCAACAUCCAAGGGGUAGUCUAUCGGGUGCCUGCUCUGCGCUUCAACAGUUCAAGUGUCCAGUGCCAGAAUAGUUCUUAUCUCUAUGAUGGAAUGGACAUAAGUAACUUAGCAGUAGAUUUUGCUGUGGUUUGGAAUGGAAACUUCAUUAUUGACAACCCAGAGGAUUUGAAAGUUCACCUGUACAAAUGUGCAGCCCAGCGGGAAAGUUGUGGGUUGUGCCUGAAAGCAGAUCAGAAAUUUGAGUGUGGCUGGUGCACUGGAGAAGGGAGGUGUACUCUGCGUCAGCACUGCCCCUCUCCUAUUGGUGGAUGGGGAAGGUGGCUCGACUGGUCAAGCAGGAAUGUCAAAUGCUCCAACCCACGAAUCACUGAGAUCCUAACAGUGUCAGGCCCACCAGAGGGAGGAACACGAGUUACAAUUCGUGGUGUUAACCUGGGCCUGGAUUUCUCCGAGAUCGCCCACAAUGUACAAGUGGCUGGUGUGGAAUGUACACCAUUGGAGGAGCAGUACAUUAUUGCCGAACAAAUUGUGUGUGAGAUGGGACAGGCUGAGCCUGACAUCAGUUCCGGCCCUGCACUUCUCUGCAUCGGAGAGUGCAAGUCAGAAUUUGUGGCCAAGUCUGCACAGCAUUACACAUUUGUGAACCCUGCAGUGAGCACCUUGAGUCCUAGCCGUGGACCAGAAUCGGGAGGGACUAUGGUGACCAUCGCUGGCCAUUUUCUGGGGGCUGGCAGCAGUGUAUCGGUGUUGCUGGGUAACCAGACCUGCGAGUUUUAUGGGAGGUCCAUAAAUGAAAUUGUGUGCGUGUCGGCACCUUCCACUCAUGGCCUUGGCUCUGUCCAUGUCUCAGUCAGUGUGGACCGGGCCCAGUUAGAGAGCAUGUUGCAGUUUGAGUACAUUGAUGACCCCAGAGUUCAACGUAUUGAUCCUGAGUGGAGCAUUGCCAGCGGCCACACACCUCUGACUGUCACAGGGUCCAACCUGGAUGUCAUACAAGAGCCCAGGAUCCGAGUGAAGUACAAUGGCAAAGAGUCUGUCAAUGUAUGCAAAGUUGUGAAUUCAACCACCCUAACUUGCCUGGCUCCCUCCCUCACUCUGGAGUACCGACCCGGUUUGGAUGCUGUUGAGCGACCUGAUGAGUUUGGAUUCAUCUUUAACAAUGUUCAGUCCUUGCUGAUUUACAAUGACACCAAGUUUAUCUACUACCCAAACCCUACCUUUGAACUUCUGAGUGCCACUGGGGUGCUGGAUCAGAAGCCAGGCUCACCCAUAAUAUUGAAGGGUAAAAAUCUGUGUCCCCCUGCCACUGGUGGAGCAAAGCUGAAUUACACUGUUCUGAUUGGAGAGACUCCUUGUGCUGUCACCGUCUCUGAGACCCAGCUGCUGUGUGAACCGCCAAAUCUCACCGGGCAACACAAAGUUAUGGUGCAUGUAGGUGGCAUCAUCUUCUCCCCUGGCUCAGUGAAUGUGAUCUCGGACAGCCUCCUGACCUUGCCAGCUAUUGUCAGCAUUGCAGCAGGAGGCAGCCUUCUUCUCAUCAUCGUAAUUAUUGUCCUCAUUGCCUACAAGCGCAAAUCUCGUGAAAACGACCUAACCCUCAAGAGGCUACAGAUGCAGAUGGACAACCUAGAGUCUCGGGUGGCCCUUGAAUGCAAAGAAGCUUUUGCAGAGCUGCAGACAGACAUCAACGAGUUAACCAGCGACCUGGACCGCUCAGGGAUCCCUUACCUUGACUAUCGCACAUAUGCCAUGCGGGUCCUCUUCCCUGGCAUAGAGGACCACCCUGUCCUGCGUGAACUAGAGGUGCAAGGGAAUGGACAACAGAAUGUUGAAAAGGCCUUGAAGCUAUUUGCCCACCUGAUCAAUAACAAGGUCUUUCUGCUGACAUUUAUCCGUACCCUGGAGAUGCAGCGAAGUUUCUCCAUGCGUGACCGUGGCAAUGUGGCUUCCCUCAUCAUGACAGGACUUCAGGGAAAGCUAGAAUAUGCCACUGAUGUCCUGAAGCAGUUGCUCUCUGAUCUGAUUGAGAAGAACCUGGAGAACAAGAAUCAUCCCAAGCUUCUCCUGCGCAGGACUGAGUCAGUGGCUGAGAAGAUGUUGACUAAUUGGUUUGCUUUCCUUCUCCACAAAUUCCUAAAGGAAUGUGCUGGAGAGCCACUCUUCAUGUUGUACUGUGCCAUCAAGCAACAGAUGGAGAAAGGCCCAAUUGAUGCCAUUACGGGGGAGGCACGUUAUUCCCUGAGUGAGGACAAGCUGAUCCGGCAGCAGAUUGAGUACAAAACUCUAAUCUUGAACUGUGUGAAUCCAGACAAUGAGAACAGCCCUGAGAUUCCCGUGAAAGUGUUGAACUGUGACACCAUCACUCAGGUCAAAGAGAAGAUUCUGGAUGCAGUGUAUAAAAAUGUCCCAUACUCACAAAGGCCACGAGCUGUUGACAUGGACUUGGAGUGGCGGCAAGGCCGAAUAGCACGUGUGGUCCUUCAGGAUGAAGAUAUCACCACCAAGAUUGAGGGUGACUGGAAGCGGCUAAACACCUUGAUUCAUUAUCAGGUGUCUGAUCGCUCUGUAGUGGCCCUCGUUCCCAAGCAGACCUCAUCCUACAACAUUCCCGCUUCUGCCAGCAUAUCACGGACCUCAAUUAGCAGAUAUGCUUCUUUUUCCUCCUGCCCAGAUUCCACAUUUCGGUACACAGGCAGCCCAGACAGUCUCCGUUCCAGGGCUCCCAUGAUUACCCCAGACCUAGAGAGUGGGGUGAAAGUCUGGCACUUAGUCAAGAACCAUGACCACGGUGACCAGAAGGAAGGUGAUCGGGGCAGUAAGAUGGUGUCAGAGAUCUACCUGACAAGGCUGCUUGCUACAAAGGGUACGCUGCAAAAGUUUGUGGAUGACUUGUUCGAGACCUUGUUCAGCACUGUGCACCGAGGCAGCGCUCUCCCACUGGCCAUCAAAUAUAUGUUUGAUUUCUUGGAUGAGCAAGCGGAUAAGCACGGCAUCCACGACACUGACGUGAGGCACACAUGGAAGAGCAACUGCCUUCCCCUCCGUUUCUGGGUGAAUGUAAUUAAAAAUCCACAGUUCGUCUUCGACAUCCAUAAGGGAAGUAUCACAGAUGCCUGCCUCUCAGUCGUGGCUCAGACCUUUAUGGAUUCUUGUUCCACCUCAGAGCACCGUCUGGGCAAGGACUCCCCCUCCAACAAGCUGCUCUAUGCUAAGGACAUACCCAGCUAUAAAAGCUGGGUAGAGAGGUAUUAUGCAGACAUUGCAAAACUCCCAGCCAUCAGUGACCAAGAUAUGAAUGCCUACCUCGCAGAACAGUCACGCCUGCACUCUAUUGAUUUCAACAUGCUGAGUGCACUCAAUGAAAUCUAUUCCUAUGUCAGCAAAUACAGUGAGGAGAUCAUCGGGGCUCUGGAGCAGGAUGAGCAGGCGCGCCGGCAGCGCUUGGCAUACAAAGUAGAACAGCUUAUUGGUGCCAUGUCUAUGGAGAGCUGAAGAAAGGAGCAGGAACUCCUGGAACAAAGAGAUGGAAGUAGUUGCCUCAAAAACUUCUGGGAACUGAGUAAAACCAGCAAGGAGGCUGCUGGGAACACACCUAAAGUACUGUGACAACCUCCACCGAGGAAGAGAUGUUAGCCCAGAUACGUAGCUCAAAAUUCGAUCAUCAGAUUUCAGCCAAAAGGACAGGAGAAAACCAGUAACAAUGGCGCAUCUAAAAAAGAAACCAGUUGGGUUUGCCAAGAAGUUGAGUUCCUCAAGUUGUACACCUAGAAAGGUUCUGGGAAGCCUAGAUUCCUCCAUGAGUGCUGCUUUGCAUGAAAGUUGUUUGAUGUAUAUUAGGAGAUAACAAAAAUGCUAUUUAAAGUUUUGUUUUGUUUUUUAAAGAAAAAGGAAAGAGAGAAGAAAAAAAAUGAAAUGUAACAAAAACCGCAGUGGCCACAUCAAAUAUCCCAUUGAAAAAAUUCCGCUGCAUACACUGCCCCUCCCAUCUCAUGAGAUCCCCGUUGUCUGUGGCUCAGAUGGAUGGUUCGCAAGUGGAUUUUCACGCCUUUGGGAAUGUUUGAAAAACUCCAUUUAUGCCUCUGCCUGGGAACUUACAGAAAGCCCCGCAAGCACAAAUUUGCACCAAACCUUUCAAAUAGUGCAGCUGGGGAAAGAAAGUCCAGCAGUCUGUAUCUGCAAGAGGCACUUAGCAGAAAUGUACCUGAGUGGAAAAGCCAUCCAGUCCUUCAGCCCAUCUGUCUUGAAAUUCAUCUUCAGCUGUGUAUUUAUAGAGUACAGAUAUUUUUUUAAUACUCCUUAUUUACCGUUGGAGGGGCAUAUGAUUUUAUGAAAGUCCUUCAUUCCUCUUCUGCGUUGAUACAAACCUUCUCCCUGUUGAAGAGAUUCCUCCCUGUCUCUGUGUAUUUGACAACUGUGUUCCUAAGGAAUGUCCUGUCCGUUUUGAAGCUAAGGAAAUUGUGAGUGGUUUAAACUGAAACUGGUGCAUUGUGGGCUUCUGCAGGUGCAAUUUGUGUAAAAACUAAUUGGCUUUCUUAGUUGCUUGGGGUGUGGGUUGGUUAGCUUUUGGGUCGUUGUUUUCCUAGUCACUAUGUGAUUUCUUGCAGUAAAGGAAAAAAUGUUUACAGCAAGUAAUACUUGAACAACGUAGACCUAGUGAGGCAACAUAUUUAUUGCUUUCCCACAUUGGAUUCGCUGGUGCUUAUGCAAUCAGGACAAAUGGCAUUUGCAUUUUUUCCCCUCACACCAUAUGCAAGGUCAUGCAAAGGUCAAGCAUAAGACUUCUAUGUCUAGUGGGAAGGGAGACAAAAGGAAAUGGCACACUCUACAUGCCUGUUAAUGGCUGUUGUCUUUGUCUUUGUCCAUGUGUCCUGUCUUGGGUUAGGUUUCUUAGCUGACCCUAACAGCCCAUUUCUUAGUGAUCAGUUGAAGGCUGGUGUCUGUGAGUUGUUGUUGUUGUUCCUUUUUUAAAAAAGAAAAAGACCAAAGCUUUCUUGUCCCUUUCGAGAGUGCCAAGUAGCAGGUGGGAUGCUGUAAAUAUUUCUCUCUGUAAUAAAUAUUGAUAUUUGUGCAGGCUGCAGCUAAGAAGGGUGACUGGGGCAAGACAAUUAGGCCUAAUGGAAGGCAAGAUUAUCGACCACACGGUUUCAGAUCCCGUGACUGGAAUCUGAGUCGGAUUUGAGAUAAGUAGAAUGGUUCCCUCAAGCGAGGUCUAGGAAGAAGCUGGUUGUGACACCAGCAUGUAUGACCAUUCUGACUGUGCCACCACCUCCCAAACUGUAUAGCAUUUUCAGCAUAAGACAAUUAAAUGUCUAGGGUUUAAAACAGCUGCUCUUGAUGGAUUCAGUGGAUACUAUCGCCUGUCCGUUAUAGGUUACCAGAGCACCAGUACUGUACUGGAAAACCUAAAGGUGUUUGGGGAGGAGUUGUCAUGAAGUAACCAUUUAGUAACUUUGUAUAGCUGUUUGAUGAAGGGAAUUUUUAGAAAAAACAAGGGAGGAAUUCAACAUUGUGCUAAGCUGAAAAUUUGCUCUCUUCCCCCUGCGUACUGUUCUGGGACACAUACACACACACUGAAUCAAUUUUUGGGAGGAUAGUGGCAAGCAUGGGGAGGAGAGGGUUAAAGCCAUGUUGCACAAGUGGAAGUCAUUGUGCAGUGCUUCCACUGACAGGAGGAGUCAUUAGGUGAAUCCCCACCCCUACCCCAAAGGCUUUUGCUCCUAACUCACUUCUAUAGCACCUAUAUAUCUCAGCUAUCUCCUGGGCCUAUCCUUGCCACAUCAGUCCAAAGCAGGAUUUAGACUUCAGAAGCACUGGAAGGUACUAUUAUAUGCAUGAAGUGGGCUCCAUGCAAUUAGGAAGUGGGGUGGUGCUGGUGGCCCUACCCAUGACAUUGUGCACCUCCCUCCCCCCACGUUGAGCAUGAACAUCUGAAUAGGGGGAGCCUAUGUUUCUAGAGCUCUAUGUGCAUAGGCUUCCACAAGAUAUGGAAUUCUGCAUGAAUGGGUUUCCAAAUUGCGUGGAAGUGCACAGGCGUAGAACUGUCCGUUUGUAGGCUUCCUCUCUUCAGUUGUCCAUACUCACUGGGUCAGGGAGGCUUGCAGUAUCAGGGGAGGGACCACCUCAGCCCUCUUUCCUGUUUAUUGAGUGGAGUCCUUUCAUGAGCAGGCUCAUACAUUAUUAAGAUCCUGUUCACCAUAUGAGGAAGGAGCAUCUUCUCUGGUAGAGCAGACACUUCUUGCCACUAAAUGGCUUGGGCAGCCAUGCCACUACCCCUAUUUCCUAUAGUGAGAGAUGGAGCUGCUUCCACAGAAGGCUGAGGGUGAGUGGGUUGCACGUUAAAUCCCUUACUCUGUGAGAAUCCCCAAUUUUUACUUUCUAAUCAUUAUCCUGAAUGCUGCCAGCAAAAGGAUAAAGGAAAGGAGCAACUUGCUGCUUUAAUUAUAAUUCAUUAAAAGCUGUGCCAAGCCCACUUUCCCCCUGAUAAUUCACUUUCAUAAGUUUCCCUGGGCCCUAUUAAUAGCCUGAAAGAAAUACUAAUGACUGACCUUGUGCAAUAAGCCAAAGCCUUUGACAUUCACAGCAGCCAAAGCUUUGCAGCCAGAAAGCUCUGAUUUACAUUGACUUGGCAGGAACAGGGACCAGGAGCCAAAUGAAUGGAGGCAUCUCAGAAGAAGAAGGGCAGCUUGGUUUCCAGAGCGUUACCUCUGUACUGUCUGGCAGUGUGAGUUUGAUUGCAAGAGCAGAUUUGUCUCCUCUGUUCCUGAACUUAAUUGUUAAUGUUUAACAGCCAAUUUUUGUUAAAAGAAUUUCCACUUCACCCAAUUACAGGUACUUCACAAUUAGAUCAUGUUAGGUCUCCUUCAGUGCACUUUCAUUUUUAUUGGUUUUCACUUUUUACAGAUGUUCUGUAUGGGUGUACCUUCAUCUUUCCAAACUGAGGCUGCAGUUUCUUGAGUAUUUAAUCAAAAGUAGAGGAAGAGGUAACUCACCCAGAGGUACUAUCUAGAAGGGGUGGGUAACACUAGAGUUGCUGGUUUAGGUUGUGUAGCCAUCUAGUGGCAAAAUGCACAUCAAUUGGCUUGAUCCUUUUGUUGUUAGCAGGUGUCAGGCAUGCUGAUUCAGGCACUGUCUGCAAGUGCCCCCUAACUAUAAGCAUUGCUUCCUACAGUUACACUUUUCCAUUGUAUACUGAUGAUCUCCACACACAGUUUUUAAGGCUGGAAGGGAUCUCCUGUGUGGUAUCAUUUCUUCUAGUAUUUUCUGCCCUCUGGCUGGAUGAAAUUUAUCUAAAGCUGAACUGGGAAUACAAGUCGUUCUCGAAUUUCUGCUCCACAAUUAAAUAAAUAUGGGAACCAAACGGCUACCAAACAGUCCAGUUGUGGCUGCUUCAUAGCCUGAUUCAUGGAUGGCUUUAGUAUGGUGGGGUAAGAUUCAAAUACUGUUUUCUUUGGACAGCAGCAGGAUUUGAGCAUUUAAAAGCCGUUGCAUUUGCCUUAGGUGACAUUCCCUAUCUGUGUCAGUGACUCCUUCCCCUGAUGUUUGAGUCCCAGCUUGCUCUGUUUCAGGUGUUUUCACAUCAAAGCCAGAGACGUCAUUUCUGGAAUUUCUGUGCCUAGCACGGCCGUUUGAAUAAUUCCAUUUAAUCUUCCAUUGAUGAGUGCUAUCCAGAGCCAUCAAAGAGCCCACUGCAAGGGGUAGUGAUGUGCUAAUCAAAUGCUUCUUUCCUUUGAAGGCCUUCGUUUUUUAAAAAAAUAAAAUAAAAUUCCAUCUAGUUAGCACACUUGCCUGUCCCUGCUGUAGUGGGGGGGUUUUUUCCCCCUCCCAGCACUAAAAUUCUGCAUCCGCAUCACUUGCCAAAGCAAUGGACCCUUCUGUCAGUAAUAGGUUCCAUGAUCAUUUAGAGUGUGGUAGAAGGGGUAAACAGCUAAAGUGCUACAGCUGUUCUGAGAAGAGCCUCUGGCUAAAUUAACAAUUUGUGUUGCAAAAAUGUUUAUAAUUUAAUUUAUUUAAAACAGGUUUAGGUCACCUUAAAAGAUAGAAACCCUCUCAAAGUGGUAACAACAAGGUAAAAUCAAAUACAGUACAGUCACAGUCUGAAAAUACAUAAUAAAGGCCAGCAGUAGUUAAAAAACAACAACAAUACCCGUCUGACCCAAAAUUACACAUAUUGAACCAGGUACUGAACCAUGAAACAGCCAAAGGAAAUAUCUCAUGUAAAAGCCAGGUCUUUAAUGUGCUCCAAAAAGCCUGUAACAAUUAAGUCUUCCCAGUGGUGAUGUAUACCAGCAGUGUGGGGCCACUGCAGAAGAGGCUCUCUCCUAAGAAGGGUGGUUGGUGAUCAUAACAUGUAGGCAGGCUGUUAUGAAUGAAAGUGGUCCUUUGGUUGACUCAGCCCCAAACUUUUUUAAUGCUUUAAAAAUUAUAAACAGCACUUUAAAUUGGGAUCAGAAAUGCACAGGCAGCCAGUUCAGCUGUUGCCAUGUGUCACCUGAAUUGACCACCUGGCUUCCACCAGAACUUGAGUAGUUACAUUUUGCAGUAGCUGAAGUUUCUGAACUCUCUGCAAAUGCAAUCCUACAAACAACACAGAUUCAACUAGUACACAUAUCUAGAUGGGCUGCUGUGCCAACAGCUACCCUAAGCUGGCAAAGAGCAUACCAACCCACCUAAGCUUCCCUAUUUAGUGCCUAUUUAGUGUGGACUUUGCUCUUAAAAGGGAGUGCAGCCCCAUCUAAGCUCAGUUGUAAAUCUCCUUCCAAAAUAGUCUAUUUCCCUAUUUGUCGUACCUCCAUGUUUUCUAGACUCAGUAUCAUUGUCAUGGGCUGACAUCAUAAAGUAGGACUUUUUAUCAAAGUGUCCUCCCAUUCCUUGCGGUUAACAAUAUUUUGGGUCAAAAGAAUGCCUGCCAGGGCAGCUCAUUUCUGCCCUCUGCCAAAGUGGUAGAAGGGCUCCCAGACCCCUUUAGCAGCAGAUACUUUGCUAGAAUGGUCCCACUUACUCAUUUGAGUUUACUUCAGUUUAAGUGAAAUCAUUUGUCAUCAUAGUCUAGAUGAACUGCCCCAAAAUUUCAUCAGCCUAACAAAGGGGCCAAAGUUUUGAUAUAUCAUUUGUGCAUCUCAGUGCAGUGUCUCUUCUCUUAAACUUUUCCUCCCACCCAAACACAAGAGCUGCUGGUACUGUGCUUCAGUUCUUCUCCAAGUAGUCCUGUUUGUUCACCUAAGCUGCGUAGUGUGUGGAUGAAUGGAACUCAUCUGCAACCAUUCCAGUUAGAGGAAGACAACGUCAUGGGAUGCCUCCAGUGUGCAAAUGUUGCCAUAAUGGAAAGGCAUAGUGGCAUGUGUUUUGUUGCUCUUGCCUGCCAUGCUCUACACCUGGAUGAAGGACUGAGAACAUCCCCGGAAGGCUCCAGUUUGAGAGAACUCUUAUUUCAACUUGCGUAAGAAUGAGAGCAGUUCCCAUUAGCAUCGCCAGGUGCUGUGACUUCCCCUUCAGCCCUCCUUUUAGGCUCCAGUAUUAUCUACAGUCACCUGUCAAUGGGAGUCAGUUCAACAGGCAAAAUGAAACAAAAAUAGCCUGACCUGAUUAAGCUUUGGGGGAGGAGAGAGAAGCUGAGUGGAGACUCAACCCUGGUGAAAAAGGACACAGCAGCAGGAGCAGUUGGAGAAGAAUAAAUACCCAACAUGAAAGAGCCAUUUAAACUCCAGCAGAGCUAGAGUUUAUCAGAUUUCAGCAUUCCAUUUGUACUAUAAACCACAAGCCAGUGACAAUACAGAGAGAUGCUAACUGUAUAUGUUUACUUGCUAGUGAGCAGUCUGAUCUUCUAAAUAAUAAAUGUGUUUCCAGAGAUAACUUCUCUCUCUUCCCCCAGUUA